AUGAAGGCUGAAGUCCAGAUGCACUCUGACCACUUUGGUUUCCCCUUUGCGACGACCGACGUCCUUUGUCCGAAUCUUCCCGACUGCAACCCGUCACACGUGACCCUCGCCACACAAGCUGACGCCAAGCUCGCUCAGAACCAAUCCUUCCUCCGCAUCCAGAACCUUGUGAAAAAGGAGGAAGAGGAGUUUCAGUUCAACUUCACUGUCUGUUGGUCCAAUUUAUUUGGUGAUUAUAACAACGUGCUUCAGGUCACCCAGACUCUGGAGAUGUACAAGUUGUUGGGAGUGCAGCAUGUUGUGGUGUAUAACACCAGCUGUGGACCAGACCUGGAGAGACUGCUACAGAGUUAUACACAGGAGGGCUUUGUGGAGGUGGUGCCCUGGCCUAUCGACCAACACAUGAACCCGUCCCAUGGGUGGCAACACAGUGAACAUGGAGGGGACAUCCACUACUACGGCCAGUUGACCACUCUGAAUGACUGUGUCUACAGACAUAUGUAUCAGUCACGCUAUGUACUGCUGAACGACAUAGAUGAGAUUAUAACUCCAUACCAGCAUCAAACCCUGCCCCAGAUGAUGGAUGUACUUCAGAGGCAACACCCAAAGGCCGAAGUGUUCCUCAUAGAGAGCCACUUCUUCCCUAAGUCCCAGUUUGAGCCCAGUGGAAGGUUUAAACGGCCCCGCUGGAGGAAUGUUCCAGGGAUCAACAUCAUGGAGCACAUCUACAGAGAGGAGCCAGACUAUCGCGUCUUCAACCCUUCCAAGAUGAUAGUACGGCCCAGGGCAGUGGAGCAGACGUCGGUCCACUCUGUGCUGCGUAACUUCGGGCAGACAGUGAAGGUUCCUCCUAAUGUGUGUCAUAUCAUCCAUGUCAGAGUUGCCCUACGAGGAGAACUGACCAAGGAAGAGCUGCAUGAAGACAAGAGGGUCUGGGACUACGAGAGACAACUGGUGCCUAAUGUUGAUAAAGCACUGGAGCAAGCAGCACUACUAAUCUGA